AUGAACACAAGCAAUAAUUCUGUCAAUGUGAACUUCAAUUCGUCAGGAGAUACCAUAGUUUCUCUUUGUGCUCCAUCAUCUUUUCAGACUGUACGAUUCUGGACUUACCUAUUUUUUGAUAUAUCUUCUCUUAUAUGUACUUUCUUGGAUCUAUAUUAUCUUCUGGUUGAUCGAAAACUUCGUCGUGCACUCAAUAAUCAUGUCAUUAUUGUUCUUCUCAUUGUUGGUUGUAUCGAUGAAUUAACCAACAUUACAUGGACUCUUUACAAUGAUCAUAAUGGUACGCCUCUAAUCAAAUCAUACACAUUCUAUUCCUUCUGGGCUUUUAUCAAUCUUGGAUUUAAUUCGCUUCAAGUUGAAUUAUUUGCUUGGGCAACUAUCGAACGACACAUACUUAUAUUUCAUAGCCAUUGGAUAGGGACAAAAGCAAAGCGUUUCUUUCUUCAUUAUUUUCCAAUCGGUGCAAUCGUCAUUUAUUAUCUUAUCUAUUAUUCUUUUGUUUUCUUUUAUCCAUUUUGUGAAAGUUCAUUUGAGGUAUUUUUAGCCGGAGGUUUUCAUAUUCCUUGUGUUUUUGAUCACACAGUAUUAGGGAUGUGGGAUUUGAUCGUUCAUCAAUUUUUGCCUACUGUGAUUAUUGUACUCUUUAGCAUGGCACUUCUUAUUCGUGCCAUAUUACAGAAAAAUCGUUUACGUCAAGGAGUUCACUGGCGAAAACAUAAAAAGAUGAUCACUCAAUUGUUAUCCAUCUCUGCUGUCUAUGUCAUCUUCAAUGUGCCAUGGGUUUUAGUCAUUUUUGCUUAUCAAUAUGGUUUACCGACAGAUAUUGCAACAGUCGCUUUGAUGUAUACAGGAUUUCUUUAUUAUUUUGUGAUAUUUUUAUUUCCAUUUGUCUAUUGUUUAUCAUUAUCUGAACUACGAUCUAAAAUGGCAGAGAAACUUUUAUUCCGAUCAGGUGCACAACAAGUUGGUCCCACAACACCUACGGUACGACAACGAACUGAUGGAAGAGUAGGAUACUGAUGGAUCCACUUACAAAUCGUAUUUCAUGACAUUUCUAACGACUUUCUAGUUCAUAGUCAACCUCUUUUUUCAUUCAAAAAUAAAUGUAAUCACAUAAAUUCAAAUGGCAAAGGUGCAAGUGUACAGAACGGGUCAAUGUUGCAAUUAGUGGUGGUAAACGGUGUGGGUGUG